GCCCGUGUGAGCCCCUAGACAAACCUAAUAUCGUGCUUUAACCCUGCCAACUCUUUGACGACUGACCAUGCCCUGAACACCUGGGUUUGUGUUGAGUAAUAUAAUAGCUAGCUAGCUUGUGCUUUCUGUCACCGUCGCCGGGCUUGCCGGGGCAUGGCAAGCGGUUCUCUUCAGCGAUGUGGCUUGCCAUCUGUGGCGGGGGCGACACCACGAUCAUGUAGACCACCGAUAUGCGUUGCCGCAGCCGGCCGAGGACUUCCCAGGCUUGCUCGCCGUGCGCUGCGCCCGGACCAGCGCUCAGCCGCGCUGACCAGUUCUGGCGUCUUGAGCGGGAGAAAAGGAUGGCAGAACAGCGGCGUGUGCCACUCGCCACGCAGGCGGACGAUAGCGCAGUCGAGCGAGGCGAGCAUGCUCGUGCCGCUGGGGCUCGACUUUCUCACGUUCCUUUCCGCGACAGUGCUGGUGAUCCCGCUAUUCAAGUCUCUAAAGCUAUCACCUGUAUUGGGCUUCCUCUUCAGCGGCGUGGUGUUGAAGCAGCUUGGGCUGUUUCAGGACCUAAAGGACACGGAGCGCCUAGCAGAGUUGGGUGUGCUGUUCCUGCUGUUUGAGAUGGGGCUUGAGCUGUCUCUGGACCGUCUCAAGGCUCUCGCCAAGUACGCGUUCGGCAUCGGCAGCCUGCAGGUGCUGCUGUGCACGGGCAUCUUCACGGCCUUCGCGCUGCCGGCGGGGCACAGCAUCGGGACCAUCUUCCUGGAGCAGGUUGCGCACGCGCCUCACCGGCUGGUGUCCAUCCGCUCUGUGGACGAGGCGGUGGUGAUUGGCGCCGCGCUGUCCAUGAGCAGCAGCGCCUUCGUGCUGCAGCUGCUGCGCGAGCGCGGCGAGGUCACGUCCAAGUUCGGCAACGCCACACUGGGUGUGCUGCUGUUCCAGGACAUUGCGGUGGUUCCCUUCCUGGUGCUGCUGCCGCUCAUCACCACACACGGCACCGACCUGGAGGGCGCCUCCCCCGUGAGCCUGCUCAGCCAGCUGGGCCCCACGGCGCUGCAGACGGUGGCGGGGCUGGGCGCACUGCUGCUGGCGGACCGGCUCAUCAUGAAGCGCAUCUUCGAGAUGGUGGCCCAGUCGCGCAACAGCGAGACCUUCAUCGCGCUGUGCCUGCUGACGGUGGCGGGCACGUCGCUCAUCACGCAGCGCCUGGGGCUGUCAGACACCAUGGGCGCCUUUCUGGCGGGCGUGCUGCUCAGCGAGACAAGCUACCGCACACAGGUGGAGGCCGACAUCCGGCCCUUCAAGGGUCUGCUGCUGGGGCUGUUCUUCGUCACCACCGGCUCCUCCAUCAACCUGCAGUUCCUGCAGCUGCACUGGCAGGAGGCGGGCUGGAUCCUGGCGGGCCUGGUGACCAUCAAGACGGUGGUGGUGGCGGCGGUGGGGCAGCUGUUCGGACUGACCAGGAGCGAGAGCAUUCGGACUGGCUUCAUGCUAUCGCAGGGCGGCGAGUUUGCGUUCGUGUUGUUGUCGCUGGCCAACCAGCUGCGCAUCCUGCCCACCAACCUCAACCAGCUGCUCAUCAUCGUGGUGGUCCUGUCCAUGGCGCUGACGCCCUUCCUGGCAGAGUCGGGCAAGGUGGUGGCCAACAAGCUGGACGAGCUGUGGCCGCCGGCGCCGCGCGGCAGCCCCAGCGGUGGCAGCGGCGUGCCGGCACUGGCGGGCGUGGGGCCUAGCGUGGCGUUGCUGGGAGCGGGCGGCGGUGAUGGGGCGGCGGCGGGCGGCAGGAGCAGCUCGGACGACGACGCGUUGCACCACCAGGUGCCGGACCCGGUGGUCAUCUGCGGCUUCUCGCCCGCCGGCCAGAUGGUGGCCAACAUGCUGGAGAGCCCGCUGGCCACGCCGGGCGGCGGCGGCGAGCCGCCCGCCUACCUGGCGUUCGACCUGGACCCGGAGCGAGUGGCGGCGGGGCGCAAGGCGGGCUUCAAGGUGGUGUGGGGCGACGCCACGCGCGGCGCCGUGCUGCGUGCCGCGGGCGUGGAUGCGCCGCGCGCCGUGGCUGUGUGCUACGCCGACAAGGAGUCGGCGCUGCAGGCGGUGUACACCUGCCGGGCAGAGUUCCCAGCCGUGCCCAUCUACGCCUGCGCCGCGGACCUCAGGCACGCCGCGGAGCUGGAGGAGGCUGGCGCCAGCCGUGUGAUCAUCCGCUCCGUGGAGGCGGGCCUGGCGCUGGGCGGCGCGCUGCUGGGAGAGAUGGGCGCCAGCGAGGCCGACUUGGCCUACCUCAAGCGCGGCAUCGAGGAGACCAUCGAGGCGCGCACGCAGGCGCUCAGCGACUGGAUGCACAACAACAGCGAGCAGGUGCCGGCCUUCAGCUCUCUGGACAUGAUUGUGCUCACGGGCGAGGCCGAGGACAUUGCGCGCGGGGCCGCCGCAGCAGCAGCAGUCGCAGCCGCGGAGCGCGACGCCCAGGUCGCCGCCGCGCUGUCCGCGGAGGCGGCGCAGCCGUCGCCGCGGCAGCCGGUGCACGGCGCCAACGGCGCCGUGGGCGCGGUGAACGCGAUGAAUGGAGGCGUGAAUGGCGGCGCCAACGGAGGCAGCAGCAGCGGCGCGCUGGCCGGCGUGGCGAUGCCGCGCCGCACCCUGGAGGUGGAGGUGGAGGUGGCGGGCUUCGUGGGUGCGGGGCAGAACGGCGGCGGCGUGACGGCGUCCGCCGCGACGGCCACGCCGCCCACCUCGUCGUCCGACGUGGAGGGCCCGGCGCCGGGCGAGGCCGGGCCGGUGGCCGUGGUGGACGCGGAUUCGCAGGCACGCGUGCGCGCGUGAGCGGCUGUGGAGAUGGCACAGGUGGCGAUUGGGAGCUGCGCUGCGCUGGGCAGGACGUGGGGUUGGGCAGGACGCGGGCAGGGAGCGGGAGAGGGAGCGAGUGCGGCUUUUGACGGCGUUGCUAGCGCGCGUCUUUGGCGCCUUGGCAUCAGCCGUGUGUGGUGCGGAUGGAAGCGCCAUGCGGGGCAGGUGCUGCUGGGUCGACGUCGGGCUGCCGAAGGCAGGCCAGAGAGAGGGAAGGGAGCGGCAGGUGGCGUACGGUGCGGCAGGGAUUCGUGGCGGGGGGAGGCCGGCCUGGACUGGAGGGCGGGCGGGCCGGCGGGGGCCUGGGGGCCUCCGCGCAGGGUUCAUGCCUGCACGUGGUUUGGUUGGGUGAGUCGUCCGCCAGCGCGCUGGACGCUGCAUUCGAAACAUCGGAAUGAGUUACAUCACAUGGCGUGGUACGGUGCGACGCAUCAUCUUCCCACUUUUCCCCUUGAGAGGGAGAUCCAAAACCGUUCUUGUCGCAUGUGUGAUUCAAGCUUGGAAACCUGUCCUAUGCUAUGUCCGGGAGAUGAGGUAGUUUCGAAACCUUCAGUAGUGGGCGCAGCCCACUUUUCCCUUGAGCGGGAACGACCUUUCGUUUCGCUGUGAGGGGACGCGAGGCGGACGCGCAGAGCCGGACUGGUCGCAUGCUAGCAUGACGGCGCAUGGGAGGCAUGCCGUAUGGGCGUACUGCACUGCAAGGUUGGCGCCACUGGACCAGUGAGGCAACCGUGUGUGUACUGUGUGGACGACGGGAGUGUUUAUUCGCCAUGCAGUUUUGGGACACCUGGGCUUUUGCGCGAUUGUGUUCGUGUUUUGCUCUGUGCCGUUAGCUCCUGCGCAAGUAUACUUGUUGCAGUGCGGCUAUAUCUUUGGAUCGGUUCGUGUUUCUGGUGGAUGUUGGUUUGCGUGUGGGAAAGUACGCCUGGCCGCGUCGUUGAAGAACGGGUUUUGCGCAGCCUGAGCACAGUGCUUCCUUGAAGCCUUCGGCUGCACGGUGUGUUGGUAGUGUUCGCCUAAGCCGGGCCACAGUGUAAAGAAGCACCAUG